AUGCAUACAUCAAGCCUCCUCGCAUCUCUCCUCCCCGCCGCAGGAGCCCUGGCCCAAUACGGCUACGGCGCCCAAGAAUCCUCCACAAACACCGCUUCCGCCGCCGCCGCGUCCUCUUCUUCCACAACCAGCAUCGCCGGAGUCCACGUCGUCAAGGUCGGCGACGGCGGCCUCACCUUUGAGCCCAACACCAUCACCGCCGCCGUUGGCGAAGUCAUCGAGUUCCACUUUUACCCGCGCGCUCACUCCGUCGCUCAGUCCGCCUUUGACUCGCCAUGCCAGCCGCUCACCAACGGAUCCACGACGGGCUUCUUCAGCGGUCCGGUGCAGGUCGCGUCUGGUGUCGGGUCUGAGGUUUUCACGGUUGAGGUCAAGGAUACGAAUCCCAAGUGGUUCUAUUGUGCUACUGGCCAGCAUUGCCAAGGUGGCAUGGUUGGUGUUAUUAACGCUCCUGCCAGCGGUGCAAGAACCAUUGAGCAAUACGCCCAGGCCGCCGCCGCCGCGCAGUCUAACGUCGCUCCCAGUGCAACCGGCGGCGGCACUCUCGGCUCCGCGGCCACCGGCAGUCCCAGCUCUGCUUCGAGCACUCCCUCCGCCUCAUCCUCAUCGCAGCCCAGCGCUGGUAUCGAGGCCCGUGGCGAUGUUCGCUGGGGUCUGCUCAGCUUGGGUAUGGCUGCUGCUGGUGUUGUCGGUGGACUUCUUAUCUAA